AGAACUCACCGAUUAUAAAUCAUUUAGCAAGUUAGCUCUUAGCUAUAUCUCUAUACAAUACUCUGAAAUUUCAAACUCGGUAAAAUGACAAGAAUUAAGCACAUGCUUGUCUUGCUUGUUUGUGCUUGGGAGCUGGAAGCUGCAACUUCUGAAUAUAAUAGCACCAGGAUUGAUACCAACACGAGCAACACUAUAAUAAACGGUGGAGUCUUGGCGAAGACAGGAUGCCCAAGUCAAUGUGGGGAUCUGAAAGUACCCUAUCCAUUCGGAAUCAUAUCAGAAGAUUCCAAAGGCCCGAAUUGUUCCAUUAAUUCCUGGUUCGAUAUCACAUGUAGCACCACUACCAACCCUAAGGCCGUCAUAAAACUAAACGAUGUGGACUACGAGGUUUUUGAUAUAUCAGACUCUGAACUGCGCAUUAGUAACCUUGGAGCUGAAACAUGCUAUGAUCUCUCGGGCUUGCUUUACACAAACAUUUACACGUCACUUGAUUUGAGGAACACUUCAUACACAUAUUCUCGUGCAAAUGUGCUGACCGUGGUUGGCUGUGAUGACUGGGGAGACUUCUACCAGGCCGAUGAUGAAGUUUCGCCAACAGGAUGCACUACCAUAUGUCGCGAUAAGAAGGAAGUUAAGGAAGGCGAGUGUUCGGGUGCUGGCUGUUGUCAAGUUUCUGUGAAUGCUCUCAAGUACUAUUAUGUCGACCUUGGUACCUAUCGCAACCAUACUGACAACAUUUCAUCUUUUAACCCUUGCGGCUAUGCCUUUUUGGGUGAAAAAAAAGCCUUCAAUUUUCGUGGCCUUUCAGAUCUUAAAGACAUUGGAGCCUUCAGGACUAAGAUCGAGACUACUGUACCUAUAGUACUUGACUGGGUGAUUGAUGAAAAUAGAACUUGUGCUCAAGCAGCUCAGCACCCUGAUUUUGCUUGUAGAUAUGCACAUAGCUAUUGCAUCGACGGAGGUAAAAGUUCUGGUGGCUACCGAUGCAGCUGUAAUCAAGGUUACGAUGGUAAUCCAUAUCUCAGCCCAGGAUGCAAAGAUGUGGAUGAAUGUGCAGAUCCAAAGUUGAAUGACUGUGAGAAGACCUGCAUUAAUAUUCCAGGAAAUUACAACUGUUCUUGUCCACACGGCUACCACGGUGAUGGCAGGAAAAAUGGCAGUGGCUGCGUUGCUAGAAGUUCCAAGUUCCCGCUGAUCAAGUUCAUCUUAGGUUUGUCAUUCGGUUGCUUCUUUUUAUUCGUGGGAACUAUUUGCGUAUACUGCAUCAUCAUGAUACGAAAACAUACUCAGUUACGGGAGAAGUUCUUUGAGCAAAACGGAGGUCUGCUAUUGAAACAACAAAGCAAUGCAAUGGAUGGCAGUGGUGUUGAACCAACCAAACUUUUUACAGACAAAGAACUGAAGAAAGCGACAAACAACUAUUCCUCUGAUAGGAUUAUUGGACAAGGUGCUUAUGGUAUAGUGUUCAAAGGAAUUUUACCAGAUGAACGUGUAGUUGCCAUUAAAAGGUCAAAAGUGAUGGAUAUGAGUCAAGUGGAGCAGUUUAUCAAUGAGAUGGUCAUUCUUACACAAGUUAACCACAGGAAUGUUGUCAAACUUCUUGGUUGUUGUUUAGAGUGUGAAGUACCUCUAUUGGUCUAUGAGUUUAUUUCAAAUGGUACCUUAUUCCAUCAUGUCCACAACAUUGAUGGAAGCAUGCCAUGGUUAUCCUUGGAGAAUCGAUUGAGAAUUGCUGCUGAAUCUUCUUGCGCCCUUGCAUAUCUUCACUCGGCAGCUUCCAUACCCAUCAUUCAUAGAGAUGUCAAGUUAGCCAACAUUUUACUGGAUGAUAAUCAUGUAGCCAAAAUUUCUGAUUUCGGAGCAUCGAGGCUUGUUCCAUUGGAUCAACCCCAAGUGACUACAUUAGUCCAAGGGACCUUGGGGUACUUAGACCCUGAAUACUUUCACAAAGGCCAAUUGACGGACAAAAGUGAUGUAUAUAGUUUUGGCGUGGUCCUUGCCGAGCUCCUAACUGGGAGAAAACCAAUUUCCUUGACGAGAUCCCUCGAAGACAGAAAUCUGGCUACAUUUUUUAUCACCUCUGUGGAAGAACAUCGAAUAUUCCAAAUACUAGAGCCUCGAUUGGUGCAGGAAGGGACGUUAGAGCAACUCGAAGCAGCUGCUCGACUUGUGAAGAGGUGUCUUAGCCUUUCUGGUAAAGAAAGGCCGACAAUGAAGGAAGUGACAAUGGAAAUAGAAAGAUUGAGAAUAUUCAAGAGAACUCCAUGGGCUAAUCAUCAUGUCAAUGAAGAGGCCACACGCUUGUUGGGUCGUACUGAUAUUCAGCAUUCGGAUCUCUAUAAAAUUCAACUAAGUUGUUACGAUAAUGUUGGAGAUGACCCGGAUCACUAUCAUUCAAGUACAAACAGUUUGUUGCAACCCUCAACCUACAGCCCUCGAUAUUCCAUACGAGAUGAGAAAGAAAAUGCAGCUGCUUCUUGUCUUAAUUUGUUGUGCUUUGGUCUUGAAGCUACCACUUCAGCAUAUAAUACCACCAGUCACAGAAUUAUGAAUGCUGGAGACUUUGCCAAGCCAGGAUGUCAAAGCCAAUGUGGAAACCUCAAAGUACCAUAUCCCUUCGGCAUCCAAUCACAAGGCCAAGAUGAUCCAACUUGUUCCAUAAAUUACGAGUUUGAAAUCAUCUGUGACGCUUCUAGUAAUCCUCCCAAGGCCUUCAGCAAAAUUUGGAACAACAUUGAGAUUUUUGAUAUAUCAGACAAUGAGAUGCGCAUUAGCAACGUUGUGGCUGAAAGCUUGAAUUGGAUGGAAACUACGUACACGUUUUCUAGCGCAAAUGUGCUGACAGUUGUAGGCUGUGAUGACUAUGUAGACAUCUUUAAAGGCUCUUCUCUGCCUAAAGGAUGUGGGACUACCUGUCAGAGUGAGGAGGAAAUAGAUAAAGAUGGGUGUUUUGGCACUGGCUGUUGCCAAGUAUCCAUUAAUGUUCUCGAUUUCUAUAUAAUCUUCCUCCAUAGCUAUCAGAACCAUACUACAAAUAACAUCUCCUCUUUUAACCCUUGCAGCUAUGGUUUUUUGGGUGAAAAAAACAGCUUUGAUUUUAGUCUUCUUUCAAAUCUUAAAGACGCCGCCUUGAAGGAUAAGAUACUGGAUACUGUCCCCAUAGUGCUGGAUUGGGUAAUUGAUAAGAAUAACACGUGUGCUCAAGCAGCUCAAGACUCUGAUACUUUUGCUUGCAAAUAUGCAAAUAGCUAUUGCAUUGAUGCAGGGAUAAGAUCUGGUGGCUACCGUUGCAGUUGUCAACAAGGUUACGAAGGUAAUCCAUAUCUCAGCCAAGGAUGCACAGAUAUCGAUGAAUGUGCAGAUCCUACCAAGAACGACUGUCAGAAGACUUGCAUUAAUAUUCCAGGGGAUUACAACUGUUCUUGUCCACCUGAUUAUGACGGUGAUGGCAGGAAAAGUGGCAGUGGUUGCGCUGCUAGAAAGCCGUCCAAGUUUCCCCUAAUCAAGUUCAUCUUAGGUGUAUCACUCGGUUCCAUCUUCCUAAUUGUUGGAACUAAUUGGUUAUACUGUGUAAUUAAGAAAAGAAAACAUACUCAAUUAAGAGAGAAGUUCUUCCAACAAAAUGGCGGUCUCCUGUUAAAUCAACAAAGCAUCUCGAAGGAAGGUGUUAUUGUUGAGUCAACAAAACUUUUCACAGAUGCAGAGCUGAAGAAAGCAACAAAUAAUUAUGACUCUGAUAGAAUUCUUGGACAAGGUGGUUAUGGUAUAGUGUUCAAAGGAGUUUUGCCUGACCAGCGUGUAGUUGCAAUUAAAAGGUCUAAAAUAAUGGAUAAGAAUCAAAUAGAGCAAUUUAUUAAUGAGAUGGUGAUUCUUACACAAAUCAACCACAGAAAUGUGGUUAAACUACUAGGAUGCUGUUUAGAGUGUGAAGUACCCCUGCUGGUUUAUGAAUUUGUCUCGAAUGGUACCUUAUAUGAUCAUGUCUACAAUACCGAUGGAGGCAUGUUAUGGUUGUCACUGGAAAACCGGUUGAGAAUUGCUGCAGAAACUUCUGGUGCCCUUGCAUAUCUUCACUCGGCAGCUUCCAUACCCGUCAUUCAUAGAGAUGUCAAGUUGGCCAAUAUUUUGCUAGAUGAUCGUUAUGUGGCUAAAAUUUCAGAUUUCGGAGCAUCAAGGCUUGUAUCAUUGGAUCAAACCCAAGUGACUACUUUAGUCCAAGGGACCUUGGGGUACUUGGACCCUGAAUACUUCCACUCAGGCCAGUUGACAGACAAAAGUGAUGUUUAUAGUUUUGGAGUUGUCCUUGCUGAGCUUUUAACCGGGAGAAGACCAAUUUGCAUGGACAGAUCCCCUGGAGAUAGAAACCUAGCUACACAUUUCAUCGCCUCUGUGAAUGAACAUCGUAUGUUUGAAAUCCUAGAUACUCGAGUGGUGAAGGAAGGAACAUUAGAGCAACUUGAAACAAUUGCUCAACUUGUGAAGAGUUGCCUUAGCCUUAAUGGUAAAGAUAGACCUACAAUGAAGGAAGUGGCAAUGGAUAUAGAAAGUUUGAGAAAAUUUACUAAACAUCCGUGGAAAAAUCAACAUGAAAGUGAAGAGACCACAAAAUUGAUAGGUCAUACUGAGGUUCACUCAAAUCCGUAUAAAAUUCAACCAAGUUCUUAUAAUGGUACUGGGAGUAAUGGGGAACAGUAUAACUCCGGUAAUAUCAGUUUCUUGCACCCGUCAAACUGCAGCCCUCGUUGAGGUAUUUCAUGUUCAGGAUUUGUCAAAUAUGAUAGAGAGCACAUAUUUUAUCACCUCUUGUGAAACGUGAUUCUUUCCGAAUCCCGGAGCCUCAAGUGGUGAAGGAAAAUCAUAGCAACUCACUUGAAACAGCUGAUCAA